UCUCCAUACUCAUGAACAUACAAAGGUCAACCCCUAUCACGAUAGCACGAUAUGGGAGACCGCGGAAUAAAACCCAGGAUUUUGAGGAGCUCUCGUCCAUACGGUCCAUCGAGCCAAGCCAGAGUUUUAGCCCGAAUCUAGGCUCGCCGAGCCCGCCGGAGACCCCGAACUUGUCGCAUUGCGUUUCUUGCAUCGGGAAAUACUUAUUGUUGGAGCCUCUCGAGGGAGACCACGUUUUCCGAGCCGUACAUCUGCACAGUGGCGAGGAGCUGGUUUGCAAGGUGUUUGAUAUUGGCUGCUACCAGGAGUUAUUAGCACCAUGUUUUUGUCUGCCUGCACAUAAAAAUAUCAACCAAAUUACUGAAAUAAUUCUUGGGGAGACAAAAGCGUAUGUGUUCUUUGAAAGGAGCUAUGGGGACAUGCAUUCAUUUGUUCGUACCUGCAAGAAGCUUAAAGAAGAGGAGGCAGCCAAACUCUUCUAUCAAAUAGCUUCCGCUGUUGCACACUGCCAUGAUGGUGGACUGGUACUGCGAGAUCUCAAGCUGCGAAAGUUUAUUUUCAAAGAUGAAGAAAGGACUAGAGUGAAAUUGGAAAGCCUAGAAGAUGCAUAUAUUUUAAGAGGAAAUGAUGACUCUCUUUCUGAUAAACAUGGAUGCCCAGCUUAUGUGAGUCCAGAGAUCUUGAACACAAAUGGCAGCUACUCUGGCAAAGCAGCGGACGUAUGGAGUCUAGGUGUCAUGCUUUAUACCAUGCUAGUUGGACGCUAUCCUUUCCAUGACAUUGAGCCUAGUUCCCUCUUCAGCAAGAUCCGUCGCGGGCAGUUUAACAUUCCAGAAACUCUAUCCCCCAAGGCAAAAUGCCUCAUACGUAGCAUACUGCGUCGGGAGCCAUCGGAAAGGCUGACUUCACAAGAAAUUCUGGACCAUCCGUGGUUUUCUACAGAUUUUAAUGUAUCGAAUUCAGGAUAUGGUGCUAAGGAAGUAUCAGAUCAGCUGGUGCCUGAUGUCAACAUGGAAGAAGACUUGGACCCAUUCUUUAACUGAACACAAAGACUGGUGUUCAAAAGGUACACAACCUGGAGAUGGACACAUGAAGGAGCCCUUCCUGACCGUGUUAAAUCACAUCCUGCAUCAGCCUAGCUUGGUAGCAAAAGACACUCAAGAGGUCCUCAGACUGAGAGGGAACCUCCACAAGGAGCUAAUAUAACAAAUGUAGCAUGGGGACAGAUUGGGGGGGCGGGGGGAGCUUGCUAUCAGGUUAGAUUGAUUUGGAGGAGAAAAGGCAGCAUGGAGCAAUUGUAGCUUCUCACCUUUUUGGAGCCAAGGAGACUGCACAUGCCAAUUCCGGUGCAGCUGUAUCACUCCUGUUUCUGUUCCAUUUAAAAUAGUGGUAACUCACAACAAAUAGAAACUUUUUUGCCUCAGCUCACAUCUUGGCAUCGCACUGUUAGAUAUUUAACUUCAGCCAUUAUUCAGGGAAAGGACAAUUGGCUAACACUUUUUUUUUUUAAAUCAGAUACCUAAUAAUUAAUGGGGUUAACUUACAAAAAAAAAAUUAGGUGCACAAAGAUGGACAUGAAAAGUGGGUGCUAAAAACAAACAAAAUUUCAAUUCAUGUCUCUUGAUAGCUAUUUUCAACUCAUUUCUUCUAAAUAAACUACUUAAUACUCUUGUCAGGAAAUGACAUUUUAAUGCUUUGUUCCCUUAAGGGGAAGUAACUGUCAUUUAACAAGCUGUUCUGUUUUGUGUCAAAUGGUUUGUUGCAGGAAGCUAUUACGACUCGAACUUCCAGAUGCAUUACUGCUAUAAUUUGGG